AAAAUGUUCAAAGUAUUAGCUAUUUGCUUGGUUGGCCUUAUGGCUUGCGGUGUACAGGGCAUGUACACUCAAAACAAAAUCGGCCAUGGCCUCACCAACUGUCCUGACCAAAAGAACCCAGGAAAAUUGGUUGCCAACGAGCAUGUUCAAAAGCCAUACCUUCAGAACAUCGAUAUCCGUGUCCCAACAACUGGUCUUUUGGAAGACUCAAUUAGCUGCAUCUUGAUCGUUGACAACGGCAGCACUGGAAGCGACCCCGUUAUCGUAGGAGGAGGUCUUGGCUCCAACUUCGUUGAAAUUAAAGUUCCACGCGAUCUUUUCCACUUCGGUGGUUUGGACUACAAAAUCGAAGUCUACGUGAACGAACCAACCACCACAGCAGGCAGUUCCUCAAGCGCUGCAUCUUCCCCAAAAUUCUAGAAUUCAACAUUUGUUGAUCCA